AACGACGUGAUGUAAGAGACUGGGAGGAGGGAGAAGAGAGAAGAACUGGAGAGAAAGAGGAGGAUUUUGCCUCACAACGCUGACGGUCCGCUUUACAGAGAAGAACCAGACUGGGAAGGACCCCAGGCGGGGCUUUUAGCACAGUCCAACUUUGACUUGAGCUCCGUUCGUCGGCACCUUGGACAGCGCCAAGCCCGGAAAGAGCGCCUCCGGCCGGGACUUCCGUCGGGACAACUCCCGCUCUGGAUAUGCGGUUGUCCCUUCCACCCCCCACCAACGGCUGCAGCGUGCAUGAGCAAUGACAGCCGACACAGACUUCCACUGGGCAUGAAGGCUGCACACAGGACCGAGCGAGGAGGAGAAGACUCGAUGGAGAAACUUCUGCAAGACUGAACCCCCCAGCGAAGCUUCACCAGAGUUGACACAGUGAUAAACCGCGAUUAGUAGUGUCCACCAUGGGGAUAAGACAUCUUCUGUUGCUGCUCGUCUAUCUGGACCCGCUGAGCGUGUCGAGCGCGGGUACGGGUGGUAAAAAAGCCAAACAGACGAACAGGAAGGCUCCCAAAGCCACGGCGGCGCCCACGUUGGCCCUGCAGCCGAAGACCCCAGCGCCUGUGCCGGUCAGCAACCACGACACCUGCCUGGGUUACUACGACGUGAGCGGCCAGUAUGACAAAAUGUUCGAAUGCAACAACACGGACCACCGCUACUGCUGCGGGACUUGUUACCUGCGCUUCUGCUGCGAGUACAAGAAGGACAGACUGGAUCAAAAAGCCUGCAAGAACUACCAGACCCCCGUGUGGGUGCAGACGGCCGCCCCGUCCCCGAUCCCCACCGAGGAGACGUACGUGGACCAGACCAACACCGCCGUCUACAUCACCUGUGGGAUCAUCGCCUUCAUCAUCGUCAUGGGAGUGUUGGCCAAAGUUGCCUAUGACAAAGCCACAGAACCUCCACAAGAAAUGAACAUACACAGAGCGCUUGCAGACAUCUUGAGGCAACAAGGGCCCAUACCCAUAUCUCAAUAUGACUGUGAGAACUUUGCAGCGAUGAACGGCUCGUCGAAAGACAACACGCCGGUCAGAACCUCAUCCAAGAACCACUACACUCCCAUUCACACCUCCAAAUCCAACCACGGUCACUAUGGAAAGGAGAGUGUUCGGAGCAGUGGUGGUGCAGACCUUCAUAACUUCAUCUCCUCUGGGUUUGUGACGUUGGGGCGUGGUCAUCAGAAAGGAGAAAAAUAUUGGCCGGUCCGCUCCCAGAGUCACCAUGGUACCCAUCAGCACAACUAUAACCAUGUGGCUCUAGGUAGCCCCAUACGCACACCAAAGAACGCCCACCGAUCGUUGAGGCGUGAAAACAAUCGGAUAAGUGGCAUCCUGACCUCGCAGACGGAGCCCUACGACCUGUCUUUUUCACGCUCCUUCCAGAGCCUGUCCCAACUGCCGCCCUCCUACGAGGCGGCCAUCAAAGCCGACCUCAACCGCUUCUCGUCCCUGAAGAAACUGACAGAUAAAGAAGUGGAGGACUACUAUACUCGUAAGCGCCACCUGCCUGACCUGGCAGCAAGAGGGACUCUUCCCCUGCAUGUUCUCAAAAUGAGUCAGGACCAGCAUCGGGAACAGCAGCAACAGCUUCAGAGCCAGGCCCCACAGUCCUCCAUCUCUCAGGUGCCUUCCCAGGCACAGUCCACCCAGCAGCAGUCCCAGCAAAGACAGAGACCCCGCCGUGUUCAGAGAGCCAUGUCCCAGGAUCGGGUUCUGUCUCCACAGAGAGCCCCACAACAGGAUUACAACACAUCCUCUAACGGUAUGUCCCCUUACGGAGGUCGGAUCCUCUCAGACGAACAGCUGCUGUCAGCCGAACGUCUUCGAUCCCAAGAGCGACUCCUUCCACAGGACCGCCAUACUUCCCAAGAACGCCUGUACACCAAGGACCGCAUGUACUCCAAGGACCGACUACUCUCACAGGAUCACCUCUACUCAAAAGACCGCCACUACUCUCAAGACCGACUCUACUCACAAGAUCGCCUGUACUCACAAGACCGCCUUCUGUCUCAAGAUCCUCUUCUCUCGCCAGACAAGCUGAUGAUGUCACUGAAGCGCGGCAUGGUCAGCAGUGUCUCGGGUGGGUUCUACGGCAUGGACAAGUCCAUGUCACGUGCCAUCUCGCACACAGACGUCUUCAUACCCACCACGCCUCUUAUGGAUCGCUACACGAUGACCAAAAUGCACUCCCAUCCCAGUGCCUCCAACAAUGGCGGUAGUGGAACCAGUGCUGGGGCUCCGGGAGCAGCGCCAGCCCCACACUCAAACACUUUAGCAAUGAACCAGACUGUCAACAAGCGGCAGGCGUUCGCCACCAGACGGACUCACACUGUGGAACAGCUCCACUACGUCCCCCAGCAUCACCAGCAGCAACAGCAGCCGCAACACUACCGCACAGGCAGCAAGACUGAGGUGACAGUGUAAUGGCAACCGGGGAGUGCCUGCACUGCUAACACUACUAUGCCAUUGGCCUAGGUGGGCAGGUGUGCUCAUGCUCUUAAAGUAGAACUGUGACGAUUUCACUUUCUUUGACCCAUGUUCCAAAACCAAGAACAUCCACUAUUACUGUGAGAGACCGGUAAAAUUAGCCACACUGUACACUACAUCCAGAGUAUUUUAAUUCAGGAGUUCUGCCUCUCACCGGCAAAUUACUACACCGCUAUUCUCAUUACCCUAUUCAUGCCCAGGCCCUAGUCUCAUUUUGUGUGUUUUGGUAGGGAAACACUCAUCUUUUCAAGCCGUGACCAGCCCCUUCUGUCCAACAAAUUUACUGUAUGACCUUUUCUGGUAAAUCUUUAAGGGCUUUGCACAGUAAACCCCAAGGGCCAAAUUCCUCCUUGACUGCUGAUGUGCAACACUACAGCACCACCGAUGAUGAGCCUGUAAUAAUAUUAUAAAUAUAUAAAUAAAUCAAUGGACAAAAAAAAA